AUGGCCGGCAGAGGAACGGGUGGCGGUGGCGGAUUGGGCGGUGGCGGAACGGGCGGUGGCAGAACGGGAGGAGGCGGAAUGGGUGGUGGCGGGAUGGGAGGUGGCGGAACAGGCGGUGGCAGAAAAGGAGGCGGCGGAAGCAUGAUGGGUGGCGGCGAAAUAGGUGGCCGAGGAGAUGGAGGAAUGGGCGGAUUUGGGCCGUCCGCUCCCGGAUCAGAAGCAGGCAUGGGAGAUAUGGGUGAUGGCAUGGGUGCCCAAGCAAGCAUGGGAGAUAUGGAUGAUGGUAUGGGUGCCCCUGCUCCCGGAUCAGAAGCAGGCAUGGGUCGUAAAGGGGCAUGGGCGGCGGCGGAACGGGCGGCGGAGGAACGGGCGGCGGAGGAAAGGGCGGCAGAGGAACGGGCAGCGGAGGAAUGGGCGGCGGAGGAACGGGCGGCGGAGGAAUGGGCGGCGGAGGAAUGGGCGGCGUAG